AUGAAAUCAAUGGAAGAUCAGGUAGUACAGGAAGAACCAGGGUACCAAGAUGACGAGGAAUCCUUCUUCCAGGACAUUGAUCUGCUACAGAAGCAAGGGAUUAAUGUGGCUGAUAUUAAAAAGUUGAAAUCGGUGGGCAUUUGCACAAUUAAAGGAAUUCAGAUGACAACAAGGCGGGCACUAUGCAAUGUGAAGGGACUUUCAGAGGCCAAAGUGGAGAAGAUUAAAGACGCAGCCAACAAACUUAUAGAACCAGGAUUUCUGACUGCUUUUGAGUACAGUGAGAAGCGCAAGAGGGUAUUCCACAUCACCACAGGGAGCCAGGAAUUUGAUAAACUCCUAGGUGGUGGGAUUGAAAGCAUGGCAAUCACAGAAGCCUUUGGAGAAUUCCGAACAGGGAAAACUCAGCUUUCUCAUACUCUUUGUGUGACAGCACAACUUCCAUCAGAUGGUUACACUGGUGGGAAGAUUAUCUUCAUUGACACAGAAAACACCUUUCGUCCUGACCGUCUUCGUGACAUUGCUGAUCGCUUCAACGUAGACCAUGAUGCAGUUCUUGAUAAUGUCCUGUAUGCACGAGCGUACACUAGUGAGCAUCAAAUGGAACUACUGGAUUACGUGGCUGCAAAAUUCCAUGAGGAAGCUGGCAUUUUCAAACUUUUGAUCAUUGAUUCCAUUAUGGCCCUGUUCCGUGUGGACUUCAGUGGUCGUGGGGAACUGGCGGAAAGGCAACAGAAACUUGCUCAGAUGCUGUCAAGGCUUCAGAAAAUAUCAGAAGAAUAUAAUGUGGCUGUUUUUGUAACCAAUCAGAUGACUGCUGAUCCAGGAGCAACUAUGACCUUUCAGGUGGACCCUAAGAAGCCCAUUGGGGGCCACAUCCUUGCCCAUGCGUCUACAACAAGGAUAAUGUUGCGGAAAGGACGAGGAGAAUUGCGCAUUGCCAAGAUAUAUGAUAGCCCUGAAAUGCCUGAAAAUGAAGCCACAUUUGCAAUAACUGCUGGAGGAAUUGCAGACGCCAAAGAGUAGACAGAUCUCAUCAGCAAACAACUGAGGCAAUCCUACCACCUCAAGUUAUUCUAUGACACUAAUUCUUGGUUACUUGUGUUCAUUGCACUAAACGUGAAACUUUUCAGAAUUGUGGCUUGCAGGGCUCUUCUGAAAUUGCUACGGAUGUUGGUUCCAUGCCUGUGGCAACCUGUCAGGUGUAGUCAGACUCUCUGCUUGCCACACAAAUCCAGUGUGGCAACUCCAUCUACUUGGUUUGCUUCAGGCAAAGGUGCCAGCAUGUGCAGAAAUUUUAAGAAGCUGAGAAUGCCCAAUGAGAAUCAAGGCUUAGUGGGAUGCCACAACACGUUUCUGUGUUUGUGUUGUUUUAGACAGAUCUUAUUAGUGGUUAUUUUUAAUGAACUUUUCAGUUUUAAACAUCUCAAGCUAAUUCAUGCCUAUGCUUUUUCAGUAUUAGUACAUAUGCAUAUAAAACAGAGCAUGGAAUGAUCCUGAAAAUGACUAUGGUAAACAAUUAUCAUUUUUAAAAUAUACUUGGCACUGAAGCUUCCAUAUAUAGCACGAUCUGCUGUGGUAAAAUGGAAUUUGACAGCAUGUUUAUCCUGGAGAAAUGGUAAUUGUAAAACUUUUAAAAUUAAAUCCUUCUUGACAGGUUUAUUAACUGAAGUCCAAACGGUUGCCAGGUUUUAAAAUCCAGAUUUAAACUUUAUUUAUAGGUUGUUUUUCUGUCUAUGGAAAACAUAAACUGCAGCCUCCCUUCCAUCUGCU